AUGGCGGAAGUAUCCAAGCUCCGUGCAGUCUUCACACUGUGCAAGAACUUGGUAUUGGCAGCACUGCUCUAUGCAGUUAUCUACGGUGUCAUCACUUUCAUAAAUGACCCUUCUGUCGCCGCGAAGGGAAAGAUUGGCAUCCCUGCCUUCCUGGACAAGGCUGGGCCCACCGAGUUGAUCGAGACGACCAAGGCGGGAGUCAAAGUCAAGUUUGCGGGCACCACCAAGACCGUUACUAUCAACCCUCACGCCAACGUCUUUAACCGUCCUAUUACUGCUGUCAAGAACAAGGACGACUACCUGGGUCCCAGGCCCCAUGUCGAUACUGAGGCCGACAUUGAUAUGCUGAUUGAAGAGUGCCGGGGCACCUAUGCUGGGAUCGAGAAGAUGAGGAAGCCGUUUGAUUGUCUGAAGUUCUUCGCAGAGGGCGAGGACCGCUACUACAGCCUCCCAGAGCCCGCCGACCGAGCCAGCGCCCAGGACCCCCGCAAGGCCGACUUCAUCGACGCAGACGGACAUGGCAAGACUCUCGAGAGCUAUACUCCUGUAAAGGACGCAAUUGCUGCCAAUGGAACCAACAUCGGCACUUGCCCAGGCCCUAUCAUCCCGUACCACACCUACUGGACCGGUCCUGCGACUUGGAGAGUCGAGGUCUUCAUCAAGAGUUACCUUUACACCCAGAACCUGGCUUGCUCUCGUCUCUGGCUAUGGCUCGACACUGACCACAAUCCGAACGCCGUGUACAACAUGCUGAACAAGGAUGCUUUGUUCGCUCGCUUCCUCCCUCUGGUCGAAAGAGGCGACAUCGUUGUCAUGCCCUGGAAGUUCCCCAGCCGCAUUCCGCUAGCCACCGACAAGGAAGACAAGAAUGGUUUCGACUACUACAGCAAGCCCGGAGCGGUGAACGCAAAGGGCGAGAAGGACGUAGCCGAGAACAUCAUCGAGGACAAGACUGGUCAGCAGUGGCUCGUUCUGACGCAGAAGCAAAUGACAUUCCUUCCGGUCGCCGUUUCCGAUGCUGUUCGCUUCAUCGUGCUGCACAUCUAUGGAGGCGCCUACUUCGACAUGGAUGUCCUGAUGCUCCGAGACAUGCGACCACUUCUCUUGCCAAAGGAACACGCCUGGGCAGAACGAUGGGCGGCACACCCUCACCCCGGCGACUACAACACCGCCAUAAUGUCACUAUCUGCAAACUCCUCCCUUUCAUCGUACUUGCUCUACGGCGGUAUCAGAAUGGGUGUCAACUUUCACCCCCGUGUACUUGGUCGCAUGGCCUGGAAGGACGGACGCGAUCAGGAGUUCAAGAUGUUCGAGACUGCUGCUUUUGACCCUAUCUGGACGGAGUUCAACUGGGACCGUGAGGGACGAUGCACAGUCCCCUGCAUCCGCGACUACAGCGCAGUCUUCAAGGGCAAGAUUGGCGGCGUCAAGGAUGAAUGGGAGAGCUACGAUGGGCCACAGCUCGAUCGCAUCGACCUCAAAGAUGCGCAACGCAAAGAGCUCAGGAUGUCCGCCAGCGACACAUUGACCAGGCGCGGGGAGGAGAAUGCGCCCGCUUCGGCCGCUCUACCAACGCCCAACCACGGCGACAAAGAGCACCCCGAUUCAUUCCAAGCCACGCUUGACGAGGAGGCUGAGCUCCGCAAGGCCGGCGUGAUUACUGAUUACGUUCUGGCCGAAGACAAGUUCCCACCCAACAACCGCACGUUGGAGAACUUCUUCCGGGGUGCCUGGACGUACCACAUCCACAACCAGUGGAUGAAACAUCCUGAACCUUCAUCAUGGAUCUCAGUCCUCGAACACGCUCAUGACGGGUUCAUCGCUGGUAAGCGCACGAAUCCUUACGGCGAGAAGUGGACUGGUCCUAGUCUUAUGCCAUACAACUAUUGGCCAGAGUAUGUGUGA